GUUUAGGAAAAACUAGGUUAGUAGUGCGGCAGUCAUGACAGAGGGGAGAAAGUAGGUCACAGACUGAGUACCGUAUAUCAGUUUUUUUGUAACAGAGGGUUCUAUCAUUGAAUGGAGAUGGCCUAGCUGAUUUAUAUAAUAGCAAUUGCAAAUGGAUGGAAGGAAAUUCCAGAAGCUGUAAUGAACAUUUGUGAUGAUCUAAUGGCAGACCAAAGAAUGGACAUUACCUCUACAAUGAAUGAGUUCAUGUCCCCCAGCUCCAGCGACCUGAUCAGCAGCUCCGUCAACACCCCAGGCAUGGACUACACCCGCAAGAGAAAGGGCAGCACCUCCGACUACCAAAUUGAUGGAUUUUCUUUCAACGAUAGCAGUGUGGAUACAGACAAGGAUAAACUUAGGGAGUGUGGUGAUCACCAGGGCCGGAUAAAAAAUGCCAGGGAGGCACACAGUCAGAUUGAGAAGCGGCGCAGGGACAAGAUGAACUGCUUCAUAGACGAGCUGGCGGCACUAGUCCCUACCUGCAACGUUAUGUCCCGCAAGCUGGACAAACUCACGGUCCUACGCAUGGCUGUCCAGCAUAUGAAGACAUUAAAAGGAGCAGCAAACCCUUACACAGAGGCGAACUACAAGCCGUCUUUCCUGUCCGAUGAUGAACUGAAGCACUUAAUAUUGAGGGCUGCUGACGGCUUUCUGUUUGUUGUUGGAUGUGAUCGUGGGAAGAUCCUUUUUGUCUCGGAGUCAGUUUACAAGAUCCUCAACUAUUGCCAGAAUGACCUAAUUGGCCAGAGUCUGUUUGAUUACCUGCAUCCUAAAGACAUCGCCAAAGUCAAGGAGCAACUGUCGUCAUCGGAUACAGCACCUCGGGAGCGGCUCAUUGAUGCCAAAACCGGUCUACCAGUUAAGACAGACAUCACCCCUGGGCCAUCUCGACUGUGCUCCGGGGCCAGACGCUCGUUCUUCUGCCGAAUGAAGUGUAACCGGCCCUACGUCAAAACAGAGGACAAGGACUUCCCCUCCACCUGCUCCAAAAAGAAAGCCGACCGCAAGAGCUUCUGCACGAUCCACAGUACUGGCUACCUGAAGAGCUGGCCGCCCACCAAGAUGGGCCUGGACGAUGACAACGAGCCCGACAAUGAGGGCUGUAACCUCAGCUGCCUGGUGGCCAUCGGCCGGCUGCAUCCCCACAUCGUCCCCCAGCCCUCCCACGAGGACAUCCGCGUCAAACCCACCGACUACGUCUCCCGCCACGCCAUCGAUGGGAAGUUUGUCUUUGUUGACCAGAGGGCCACAGCCAUUCUUGCAUACUUACCCCAGGAGCUUCUUGGCACCUCUUUCUAUGAGUAUUUCCAUCAGGAUGAUAUUGGCCACCUGGCAGAAUGUCACAGACAAGUGCUUCAGAUGAGAGAAAAGAUCAACACAAACUGUUAUAAGUUCAAGAUUAAAGAUGGCUCCUUCAUCACUCUGCGAAGCCGCUGGUUCAGUUUCAUGAAUCCCUGGACCAAAGAGGUGGAGUACAUCGUCUCCACAAACACAGUGGUCUCGUGCAGUAUGCUGGAUGGUGCAGACUCCAGCUAUCCUCAGUCUGCCGUCUCUCCCACUGCCUCUAUGGACAGUGUGCUGACGUCAGAAGGUGGAGGGAGACGGGCCCUUCAGACGGUGCCAGGCAUCCCCGGGGGAACACGUGCAGGUGCCGGUAAGAUCGGUCGCAUGAUCGCAGAGGAGGUGAUGGAGACUCAGAGGACCCGAGGCUCGAACCCCUCCAGCUGUGGCUCUAGCCCCCUGAACAUCAGCACCCCUCCAGACUGCUCUCCAGGGGGCAAGCGAAUUCAAAAUGGAACGCCAGACCUUCCGUCGGCAGGGACACUACCAGGAGGACCCGACACCAUUGGAUACCCAUACUCCAACCAGUCUAUUAUGAGUGACAACUCGCACCUCAGCAUUGACAUCAUGGACGAACCAAGCUCCAGCAGCCCCAGUAACGACGAGGCAGCCAUGGCUGUGAUCAUGAGUCUCCUAGAGGCUGAUGCAGGCCUCGGUGGCCCUGUAGACUUCAGUGACUUACCCUGGCCCUUGUGAGGACAGCCCCAGCAGGGCUGUUGGAAUCCUUGGUCUAAGGCCCACAUAACAUUAUCCUAACGGGGAUUUCUAUAUUGAAAACAUGUCUUGAUGCUUUUACACUACAGUACAUAAUGGUUUUCCUUGUUGGAUAUCCCCAUUGACUAAUGAAUACAUGGGAGUGUAUGGUAUCAGCAGUAAAAUAUUUUUUUAAUUAAAGUUUGAGCUUAACAGAUGCAGUGUGUUAAUGAAUAAGUAGUAUCCAUAUUUAAAAUGUUCUAAACAAUC